AUGCAUCUUCCGAUGUUCGGAGCAACUAUUGCCAACUCUGGGUCAGGGAGACAUCACAAAUAUGUUGAAAACACUGACGACAUGAUGACAUUUGGAUGUUUUGCACUGACUGAACUGAGUCAUGGCAGCAACACAAGAGCCAUGAGGACCACAGCCACGUACGACCCUUCCACCCAGGAGUUUGUAAUCAACUCUCCAGACUUUGAGGCUGCCAAGUUCUGGGUGGGGAACCUUGGUAAGACUGCCACCCAUGCAGUGGUGUUUGCUCAGCUCUACACCCCUGACCAGGUUUGCCAUGGCCUACACUCCUUCAUUGUCCCGGUGAGGGAUCCUAAGACCCUGCUGGUUCUGCCGGGUGUAAUGGCUGGAGAUAUUGGCAAGAAGCUGGGCCAGAAUGGACUGGAUAAUGGCUUUGUUAUGUUCAACAAUGUGAGGAUCCCACGGGAGAACCUACUGAAUAAGACAGGAGAUGUUACUACUGAUGGCCACUACAUUACACCAUUCAAGGACUCAAACAAGCGUUUUGGGGCAUCUCUCGGUGCCCUGUCAGGGGGCAGGGUGUAUAUCACCAGAAUGGCUCUGACCAACCUGAAGCUAGCUCUGGUUGUGGCUAUCCGCUUUUCAGCAACCAGGAGACAGUUUGGACCAAAGGACGCAGAUGAGAUUCCUGUUUUGGAGUACCAGUUGCAGCAAUGGCGUCUGAUCCCGUAUCUGGCAGCAGCAUAUGCUCUUGAACACUUUACCAAAUCUAUCUUCAUGAACUUUGUUGAGUUCCAAAUUGGACAGAUGAUGAAAAACAAAGGUGACAUUCAAGCAGAGAUGGGCAGGGAGAUCCAUGCCAUAGGCUGCUCUAGUAAACCACUGGGUUCAUGGACUGCCCAGAAGGGGAUCCAAGAAUGCAGGGAGGCCUGCGGUGGACAUGGAUACCUUGCCAUGAGUCGGCUGGGUGAUCUUCGGAAUGACAAUGACCCAAACUGCACCUAUGAAGGAGACAAUAACCUGUUGCUGCAGCAGACCAGCAACUACUUGCUCAGCUGGCUCCAUGCCAAGCUUCAUGAUGAUAUGCGGAUUGAGUCUCCCUUUCACACUGUGGAUUUCCUUGAUGAUUUCCAAAAGAUUCUGGGAAGCAAAUUUGAACAAACAACAAUGGAGGAGUGUAUGGACUCUGCAGUGCCACUGGCAGCAUAUAAGUGGCUGGUGUGUUUCCUGUUAGAGGAGAGUCAGAAGAGGCUUGAACAGCAGAGGGCUUUAGGCAAGGAUGAGUUUGAGGCUUGUAACAACAGCCAGGUAUACUACUGUCGUUCCCUUGCCAUUGCCUACAUCGAACAAAACUGCCUCCAGAGGUUUCAUGAGCAGACAAUGGAUCAGGACACACCAGCUUGUCUCAGACCAGUACUAAGCAAACUGUGUGCCUUGUAUGGCCUGUGGAGCCUCAGCAACCACAUGGCUACACUAUAUCAGGGUAAUUACAUGAGUGGAAGGAAGCCAGCAGAGUUGGUUCAGACGGCCAUUCUCACUCUCUGCUCCCAGCUAAAAGAUGAUGCAGUAGCAUUGGUGGACAUAUUUGCACCCACUGAUUUCAUCCUCAACUCAACCCUUGGCAAUGCCGAUGGACAGGUAAACGGACACAAACCUAAGAGCUGUCAUGUCAUACUAUAUUGA